AUGGUCAUCGCCGUGGAGGUCGCCAACUGGGAGGUCCACAAUACGUUGAUCGACCAAGGAAGCUCGGCUGAUGUCCUCUAUUGGCCGACGUUCCUCAGGUUAGAUAUCCCUCACUCCCUUAUCCAGCCUCACAUAGAGCCACUAGUUGGAUUUGCAGGAGAGCGAGUUCACACUCGAGGAUACGUGGACCUGCUGAGGACCUUCGGAACCUCUCCGGAUACAAGGAGGAUUAUGGUCCGAUACCUCCUCGUGGAAGCCAAUACCUCCUAUAAUAUAAUCAUUGGAAAGCCGACGUUAAAUCAACUCGGAGCAGUGGUGUCUACCCCACACCUCACCACGAAAUUCCCAGGGAGUGAAGGCAAGACUAUCUCCGUCAAGGCAAAUCAGAAGACAGCCCGGCAGUGCUACGCCGAAAGCCUAAAAGUCUCCCCGCCCGACGAGCGUUGCCGAAGUGAUCCCCCCACAGUGGCUCACAUCACCCAUGCGGAUAUCACUGACCUCGACCCGAGUGCUGACAUGUCAGGGAUAGACGCUGACUUCAUCUAUCACAGGUUAGCAAUUCACAAGGAGGCGAAGCCAGUGGCCCAGAAGAAGAGAAAAGUUGGCGAUAGAACACACUUGAGUGCAUUGCGUGCUUUGGAGUUCAGCAUGAAUCUUUGCUUUUUCUCUUCAGUCCAUUGUGCUCUAGGUUUCUCGUUGCCGGCUUGA